GGGGAAGGUAAAGACUUUUUUGUUCAUGAAGAAUCUGAUUACUAAGAAGUGCCUAUCAAGCCACUGGUUGAAUUUCCAUGAAAAAGUGAUUAAGCAGGGAAUGGAGAAAAAGGUUGAUUUCUGGUCUUUUAGGGAUGGAGCAAGUCAAUUACUGCAAGAUGGUGCUGUUAAGAAACCUUAUUCUCCAAAGAUACUGUCCAAAAAGAAGCCUUCUGCAUUCUCUGGGAUCCGGAGGAAGGUACCUGGUGCCAGUCUCCAAGUGCAAUCUCAUGCCUCACGUACUUGGACCCGACAGGGCCGCUUAAAGGAGUUGCACAUCAGAUGCGUGGCCAGAAAGUUCUUAUAUUUGUGGAUUCGAAUGACUUUUGGAAGAGUAUUCCCCUCUAAAGCCAGAAAAGCCAUUUGCCAUUUGCUUUUUUGGCUUCACAGAUACUACUUGUACAACCUGAUGUUCCAGACCUGGAAGACCUACAUACAUCAGCAGCAGAAGAUGAGGGACAAGUACAUCAGAGCUGCAGGCCAUUAUGCAAAGCAAAAGAUGCGACAGGCCUGGAAGUCCUGGUUGAUCUACGUGGUUGUUCGUAGGACCAAACUUCAGAUGCAGGCCACCGCUCUGGAGUUUAGGCAAAGGAGUAUCUUAAGGAUGUGGUGGAGCAAGUGGAGGCGGCAGCUAGAACAGAUCCAGGGGAGCCAUGCUCUCUAUGCCUCCGCUGUGAAGCACAGGGCCCUCAGCCUCCAGCUGCGGGCUUGGUCACGGUGGCGAGAACAGCUUCUGCAUGACCAAACAGAGAAAGAGAAGGUCAUCUCUGCAGUGAAACACCAUCAGCACUGGCAGAAGCGGAGAGUGCUGCAAGCCUGGCUUGAAUACUUACAAGUUCGCAGAAUGAAGAGGCAGCAGAACGAGAUGGCUGAGCGAUUCUAUCACGUCACUGUGCUCCAGAUACACUUCAGUGGUUGGCAAAGGGCCUGGGAGCAGAGAGAGAGCUUGUAUGCCCACCAUGCCCAGGUGGAGGAUCUAGCCAGGAGGAUGAUGCUGCGGCGGGCCUUUAUACACUGGAAACAUUACGUGCUGCUGUGUGCCGAAGAAGUUGCCCAGUGUAUGAUGGCAGAAGAGCACUAUAGGCUCACCCUGCUGUGUUUUUGCUUUCGAGCCUUAAAACACAACGUGACCCAUGCCCAUAUCCAUCGAAUAAAAAGGAAUCUUGCUCACCAGCAACAUGGAGUCAUGGUGAGAGUCAUCUUCUGUUAUCAAGGGGCCUCUUUUAUUGAUGUACCUUGGUGUCCUUUGCUUUAUUUCAGGAUAACAUUGCUGUGCAAGUGUAUCAGAUUGUGGUUGCAGUAUACUCGGAGGAGGCGAGACAAGCAGCUGCUACAGGCCAGAGCAGAUGGUCACUUCCAGCAGAGAGCCUUGCCUGCUGCCUUCCACACUUGGAACAGACUCUGGCGAUGGAGCCAGCAGGAAAGUGUCCUCAAUGCAAGUGCAGCACGGUUUCACAGGGUGACGUUGGAGAAGCAAAUAUUUGCUAUCUGGUUGCAGAAGAUGUUUCUACAUCGAGAAAAUCGUUUGGCAGAGAGAAUGGCCAUCCUUCAUGCAGAGCGGCAGCUUCUGCAUAGGUUCUGGUCCACGUGGUGCCAGCAGGCAGCAGCACGUCACCAGGAGUGCGAGUGGCGAGCAAUGGCCUUUGCCCACCACCAGCGCAGACUGCUCAGGAGCGCUUUCUGCAUCUGGAGGGAAACUGCCCAAGUGCUCAGAACAGAGAGGAUGGGCAGGGUGCAGGCGGCAGAAUUCUACUCAGCACAGCUCCUGCGUUGGUCCUGGAACCAGUGGAGGGAGUGCCUGGCCCUGUGUAGACUGGAGCGGCGGAAGCUGCAUCUAGCAGAUCUGCAUUACCAGCAACGCCUGCUGCACAGGGUGCUGCGGACCUGGGUGACUUACCAGGGCAAGGUGCGGCAUGUCCUACAGCAGGUAGCAGCCAGGGAGAGCCAGCACAACAGGCAGCUGCUGCGGGGUGUGUUACAUCGCUGGAAAGGGAACACUGUGGCCCGUGUGGAUGAAGCCAGGAAAACUUCCCAAGCCCGUGCUCACUACAGAAGGACUCUGUGUUCCAAGGUCCUGGUCCAGUGGCAGGAGAAUGCAUCAGUGCAGAUUUAUUACCAACAGCAGGAGGACUGUGCCGUCAGGGAGGCCCGGAAGAUCCUGGACAGGGGCUGUCUCCGGACCUGGUUUCAUUGCUGGUGGGACCGCAGCCAGAGGACAGCCCAGCAGAGAGUCCAGCUGGAGAGGGUGGCCCAGUAUCACCAGCAGUGGCUACUGCUGAAGUGCAUGGCCCAGUGGAAGACGCACCAUCUUGGGUGUGUCAGGAAAAAGCUCCUGCAGCAGCAGGGCACUCACUUCUUGGCACACAGACUCUUCCGGGCCUGCUUCUACCAGUGGACACAGCAGCUGGUGACCAGGAGGCAGGAGCAGCAGGCAACAGCUCGGGCCCUGUGGUUCUGGGCCUUCUCACUCCAGGCAAAGGUAUGGGCUGCAUGGCUGGGCUUUGUGCUGGAGAGGAGGAGGAAGAAGGCACGGCUAGAGCAGGCGGUACAGGCCUACCGUGGGCAGCUCCUCCGGGAGGGCACCACACGCCUCCUGCGCUUCGCAACUGCUACAAAGGCUUUCAGGCAGCAGCUGCAGGCCCAGCUGCAGGUCAAGGCGGCCCACAGCCUCCACCGGGUAGUCCGUCGCUGUGCCAUGCUCUGGAAACAGAAGGUGCUGGGCCGCAGUGGAGAGCCUCAGCGUCCAGCACCAGUCGCAGCCAGUAUGAGAGUGACAUUUGAGGGUCCCCUUCUCGACCAAGCUGUUGCUGGUGCUGGGGACGCCACCCUGGAAACCAAAAGGCCCCGAGUUCUUCAACCUCAGGGAGCCCUGGGCAGCCUGGCCACAAGAGAGCCCCACGUCCAGGAGCUCAGUGCUGCCCGCUCAGCGAGGAAACAGCCGAGGCGCCCACGCUUCCUGUUGGAGCCCAUGCAAAGCCAAUGGUCCCUGGGGUGUGGCAUCCUUGGAAGGCAGGGGGGUGAGAAGCUGCAAGAGUGUAGCCUAAGCUUGACCAAAGCAGCAGGCCCUUCUCUGACGAGUGCUGUCCUGACAGAGGCUUCAAAAGCACCAGCCCCAAGGAGUCCCCUGCCUGGGGCCCUGUCAAGUGCCCCUGGCCCAAAGCUGCCCCCCACUGCAAGUACAGGCUCGGAGCUGCUGCUGUUACCUCCUUCCUCCUUUAUGCCCCGUGGGGCCGAAGCAGCAGCCAGGGUAUCAGCACAGCCAACUACCCCCAGGCCAAAGCCCCAGGCCCCCCAAUCUUUGACUUGUGUCCCUGACCCCCAUCUGCUCCUCCCUGGGAACUUUACGGACACCAGGGCUAGGCCUGGGCCUACCUCUGAAGCUGCAGGCUGUAUGGAUCUGGAGGCCGAACUUGAGGGGAUCCAGCAGCAGUUACAGCAUUACCAGGCUACCAAGCAGAACCUCUGGUCCUGUCAGCGGCAAGCCAGGAGCUUGCGCAGGUGGCUGGAGCUCAGCCGAGAGGAGCCCAGGCCCGAGGACCAGGAAAUGGAGCUGCGGGUACAGGAGGAGUUGGAGGAGGUGGAGCAGCAGAUUCAGCAGCUGACCGAGGAGCUCCAGGCACAGCGCCAGCCCAUCAGCUCCUACGUUGGCCGCAUCCAGGCCCUGCGGCGUACCUUGUGCUAGUGUCUUUGCUUCAGGCCUCCUCUAAGAACAGACUGCAGAGCCACACUGGGUUUUAGCUUUUUAUUUCAAAAUGUUUUGCAAUUAAAUGAA